AUGAACAGGUCGAAAGCUUUCAGGCCGUACAUCAACUACGCCAAUGCCGCGUACUGCAAGGCCUCCGAUACCCUCUCUUGGACCUGCGAAAACUGCCCAUCUCAGCCAACUUUCCAGCCAGUUGCUUCUGGAGGCGAAGGCGCCGUGACACAGUACUGGUAUGUCGGAUAUGACCUCGAUCUUGCUACUGUGGUCGUUGGACAUCAGGGAACGAAGACCGAGGCUAUAAUCCCGGUCCUUAUCGAUGCCAAUUUCAUACCUGGUCCUCUGAGCCAGUCUCUCUUCCCUGGGAUCUCAUCGUCCGUCGAGGUGCACAGCGGUUUCCGCGACUCGCACUCGCGUUCCGCAGAGGGCGUGCUCGCAGGUGUGCAAGCCGCGCUGGCGAAGUACGACACCACUUCGGUAACGUUGACAGGCCAUAGCCUCGGAGCGGCGCUCGCUCUGCUCGAUGACGUUUACCUCCCGCUCCACCUCCCUCCGAAUACCACGUUCACCACAGUAGCGUUCGGUACUCCCCGCGUUGGCAACCAAGCUUUCGCCGACUACGUGGACGCCAACACGAACUUUACGCACGUCAACAACCUCAAGGACAUCGUACCUACCGUCCCGCCAUCACUUUUCGGCUACCACAGCGCCUCCGGCGAGGUGCACAUCGACUACCCCAGUGGCCAGUGGGUCCGAUGCUCUGGCCAGGACAACACCGACGCUGCUUGCAUCCUCGGCGACGUGCCUAACAUAUUUAUUGGGAACGUGACAAAUCACCUUGGCCCGUACCUCGGCGUUGAGUUUGGGUGCCCCGACGACACCUAA